GCUGCAUCUCUAGAAACGAGUUUUUAAGUAGCAAUAAGUGAUGCCUUUUCUGGCCUAUACUGUACCCGUUCGAUGUGGUUCUACCGUUCUUUGUUUUGGAAGCUAGGUGUGUCUUGAUUAGGAGGAGGCUCAGGUGAAAGUAUUAGAAGAAAUUGGGAAAGAUCAGAACAGAGCCAAAAUAUAAAUAUGACAACAGCAUCACGGGACGGGCUCAGUUCUAUCCGAGUCGUACCGGGUCCCAAUCGAUGAUUGAAUAAACAAAAAGCUCGACGCUUCUGCCAACCGGAGGACGACCAAAAAUAGAAAGAAAGCUGCCUGAACGCACAUUCCAACUUGCAAAGUUCACGACCGUCUGCUGCCAGCAGAGCAGUGGCCGAUCAAAAGCAGCAACGAACCCGGGAGGUGGUGUGUGCUGGUCGUGCUGGUGGUUAGGUGCAGAGCAUAGGGGAAGGUUUUUUAGACAGAGUAGGGUGUACGGUGUAUAGCAUAACAUAAGCCCCGAGCGAGAUGAGACAGGAAAGGACUUAUUGGGUUGGAGCCGUGUUGGCAGUGUUCGCUUGUGUUUGUGCAACCCGGACAGUGUGUGCGAACAAGUUCGAAGACAACAUAUUCUUCAACUAUUACAACUCCACGGGCGAGCUGGUGCAUGUGUACAACGUCGUAGAAAACAACUCGUACCCGUACGACGAGACCUGCAACCCCGACGGGCGGUUCGCAGUAGUCGUUUUCGGAUGGAAAAUCGACUGUGAGAAGUACUUUGUGCGAGAUUUGAUAGCAAAUCUCACCGAGUACCGGGGAGGAUGUGUGAUAUGUAUGAAUUACAGUAAUUUCUCCCAAGUGACCCCGUAUCUACGCUUGAGGAGAAACUUUAAAGACAUCCAGAAUGUUCUGAUUAAAAAACUCGAUUUUCUCGAGCAGCAAGGUUUCGAUCCGGACAAUGGCUACCUGUACGGGUUCAGUUACGGGGCGAACCUGGUCCUAGAGGCGGCCAAGAGCUUUGGUGCUAAGAAAAUCGGAGAAAUCGACGUAUGUGAGAUCGCCGGCAUAACUUUUGACUCUGGCUACUCGAAGCCACCGAAUCAUCGGCAGGCAGCGAAAAAUGUUCAGUGCAUUCACACCAGCCGGCAGUACGGUACCAAGUACCGAAGCAGCUGCCACCAGGAUUGGAUUCUGGGUGACUGCGGCACCCGCCAGGAGGCUGCUCCACUUUCCGCCUACGGAUCCCACGGUGUUUGCACACUGUUCUACAACAGUGCCUUCGAGCACGAGUUCCUGCCCGUGGAAAUGAAUGCAAACAACUGUACCCUAGAUCAGGAAGCAGACAACGUACCGGACGGGUUCCGAAUGGGAUACAUGGAAAUGAGGAAAAGCGAGGUCCGGGGUCAGCUGUACACGCCAACGUACGCAUCGUUCCCAUUCAAUGUUCCGAGCGACGCUUCGGAAGACAGCCGGACGGCACUGGUCGAUUUCUCCGACUUCGAGAAGUCGAGUGAUGAUGACUUUGCAACGGAUUUGGACUACGAUUCGGAAUUUAAACUCUAGUGGUGACGGGUUAUUCAGCAAGGUGUUGGAUUCUCAUACUACUGAUUUUUUUUUACUUUUUUGACAGCGGUUGUUGAUAUCCGGAGUUACAAGCGGUUGCCAGUGACAACGGGUCAGCAACUGCAUUUUUUUCACAAUAUUUAUUUCAUGACGUAACUUAAUCAAUAGUGUGAGCUAAUAUUUUUAUUUAGUGUUUAAAUAUUUAUGUUACAAUUAGCUUAAAUCGAACAAUACUCUGAAUCCUUACAACUCAUGAUGCAUUUUUGAAUGUUUUUUUUUCUAGUUAUUAUUGUGGUUUUGGGUUUUGAUGUAGUUUCUAGUUUUAUAUAAAGAUUCGCCAAACCAAUUAUUAUAUUUGAAUGGUUUUUGUUUUGCAAUGAUAUAUGUAACCCUAUAUAUGAGACACGAUAAAUGAUGAAUAUUAUACUAUGAACCCAACAUAUUGAACUUGAUUAUAUAACCAAAAUAUGAACAUUACAUGAAUUAUGAAGCAUUAUACUUCCUAGAAUAUAAGUUUAUUUGAUCAUUAUUGAUUCUAUUCGAACAAAAAAAUUACGAACUAAAUGGUAUGAAUAUCUGAUCACCUAUGCAAAACGGUGCGUUACUAGAAGACAUCGAUUUGAAACACAAGCAAACUAUAUGAUGAGUCCAUAAACGAAUAUAACUAAAUCUCAGUGACUAAUGAUAAACAUGAUACAUAUUUUCUACCUAUUGAUAAACAAUUGUGUAACAAUGAAUAACGAUAAAAUGAAGCAAAAAUAAAAAUAAAAAACAAGAAACACAAAUAUUCCAGUAGAGGUUAAGGGGACAACUGAUAAUAUUUCGAUGUAGCGAUGUAGAAGUAGAAGACGUGAAAAAAAGGUUUAGAACCCAUAUCCAUGUGCGAUUUUACUUAUUUGGUUUUGUAUGGCGCUGUAACCAUUAAAAAUAAAUUUCCUAAAACA